AACUUGCUGACUUCACAAAAACCAUGGACUCUCCUUUUGCUGAUUCUGAAUUUCCACAAGCUCCCAGCUCGUCUUCCACGCCCCAAAUCCCCAAUGAAGUGCGAAGGAUUUCUCACCAUCCCUGUGUCUGCGGUGUUCCUGUCGAUGGGUUUUGUCUAUUACAUCACAAUUUUCGUUUUUCUGGAGGAUUGGGUCGGGUUGCAGAGCUCAGCUGGGUCUUUGAACUCUCUGAUUUUCUCUUUCUUGUUUUUUCUUUGCCUUUUCUCUUUCUUUUCUUGUGUUCUGAUUGACCCAGGUCGCGUUCCGGCUUCCUAUAUCCCUGAUGUUGAGGAAAGCGGGGGCUCAGAUAAGGAACCCGACAAAAAUGUUGCACAAUCAAGGCAUUGUGACAAGUGCUCUACAUACAAGCCUCCUAGGGCUCAUCAUUGUCGGGUCUGCAGAAGGUGUGUUUUGAGGAUGGAUCAUCACUGUCCGUGGAUAAAUAAUUGUGUUGGCUAUUGGAACUAUAAGGCCUUUUUUAUACUUGUCCUAUAUGCAACUAUAGGUAGCAUCUACUCUACGGUUAUUGUAAUAAGCUGUUCGUGUCAAAAGGAUUUUGGCGGAAAGGUUCCCCUCAAAACUUUCUAUAUUAUUUGCGGAGCAGUGAUGACUGGCUUGAGUAUAACACUUGGAAUUCUUUUGGGUUGGCAUAUCUACCUUAUCAUUCACAAUAUGACAACCAUAGAGUAUUACGAAGAAGUAAGGGCAACGUGGUUGGCUAGGAAAACUGGUCAGAGCUAUCGACGUCUGUUCGACCUUGGUGCUUACAAAAACAUUACCUUGGUCCUGGGUACAAACAUGCUGAAAUGGUUGUGGCCUACAUCUGUGAGCCAUCUAAAAGAUGGCCUCGCCUUCCCAAUUUCACGUGACAAUUCAUAAAGAUUUUCUUCCUCCACAAAGUUUGGAGUUAACAACAUCUCACGUAAAGGAUCUAAGAGUUUCAUCAUUUUAUCCUCUUCUCAAUGCGAAAAUAAGCUAGGAGCUGACUUGAAGCGACGUAAGUUUAUUUUGGAUUACACCGAGCAAGAUUGCAUCAAAAAGUUUACGCCAACACGGCACCGGUAGUCUGUUGAUAAAACCUAUCUUGAUUGCUGUUCUCUCCUACCAUGCUGGAGUACCACGCCAUGAAGUUCUUGCAACACAUGAUUGGAAAUUGUUGUUUACAUAAUUUAAAACGCGCAGACACGAUGACUUCACAUUGAUGUCGCAACAAACCACAUGAUUGAACUCAGUAGAUGAUGGUUUACAUGGAAUACUGCUUGUUCUAUCCUAUAGCGAUGAGACUGUUUAUAUUGUUGAUAAGAUUUUCCGAUGUGCUUUUUCCUUUGCAAAUUCACUGAUGCAUUAAUGUUGGUCCAUUAAUUUUACUGUUUCAUUGUUAAGAAAUAAUAAUUUCUUUGAGAACUCA